GCGCGGCAUUCAGUCGAUUCAAUCCCAUCGUACCGAAACGACACGCAUGUCUUUUCGUGUCUUUAAAUUUUUAUAUAUUUAAUUCAACAUAUUAUAAACAUUAUAGUUAUAAACAUCAGUACAGAUUCGUAGUAACAGUGUUAAGAAAAUGAAAACUUUUAAAAGUUUUUCUUGGAUGUGAAAAUAUUCGUUCGGUACAUUGACACCUAUCAAGAGUUAACUUUCGGCAAUGAAUUUAGUCGUGUACCUGUUGUGAUACGUUUUAAUUCCUUAAGAUUUUCACUUGCAGUCGGAAACGGCUUACGUAGACGAAGUAGCGGUAAAUUGUCGGUUUGCGCCGCACGCGACUUAUUGCGUCGGUUAAGUUAAAACGUCGGAUUUUCAAGUGAUUUUUGUCGAAACAGGGAACAUAGAACGCUUAGAGUCGACUGUACCGUUAGCGUGUAUUAGUAUGCAUAGGUGAAGUCUCUGCGACUGAUUUUGUGCGUACUGGAUGGACUGGUGAAGGGGGAAGGUGGGUUGUGUUACUCUGUGCCGUCUUAGUGUAUGGCGCGAUGAUCAGCGGGGGCUGGGUGUGCGCCCUGCACGUGCGGACGGCGGGCCUUGCUGGCGCUGCUCUCGGUUCAGAUGAAGAGGAAAUUGUCUAUUUAGCUUACAUCGUUAUUGAUGUUCACACUAACCAGGUGAUAGGACAACGUGAAUAUGCAGUGCGACCGACGAGACGACCUUCGGCGGAGCUGCAAACGGGACAGCCCUUAGAAAUAGUUGUACAACAGUUCGAUGAAUUCAUUCGUUCUUUACAAGUUGACCCGCACUCACCUCUGUUCAGGCUAGUAACGGACGGACAGCCGCCUCUCAGACAAUGCCUGCACCCAGAAGCAUGCAGUAAAGAGAUCAAUCUGCCGACAUACUACGCGCGCUUCCAUGACUUACGCAAGGAGUACGUCCGGGCGUACACGCUGCGAGCGGUGGCGCCACGAGCGCAAGCGCCCCCGCCCCCGCCACCACCCGACCACCCGUCGACACUCCAUGAUAUGCUCGAAUAUUUAGGUAUAACUCCGUACACCGGAGAAAAUUUCUACGCCGGUGAAGCAAUGGACAUGGCCAGCGUGAUACAAAGGAUAAUCUCUGAUGGUUUUCGAUUGGAACUCCCUGAAACAAUCGACUUAAUUUUAGAAACUGGAAUUUGCUCAAAAGACGAUGAAAUAGACGGUAACUGCAUAGUGCGCGCACGUGGUCUACCCUGGCAGUCGUCAGACCAAGACAUCGCUAAAUUCUUCAGAGGGCUAAAUGUUGCCAAGGGUGGCGUAGCGCUGUGCCUAUCACCACAAGGUAGACGCAACGGUGAAGCGCUGGUGCGAUUCGUGUCGCAGGAGCACAGGGACAUGGCGCUCAAACGUCAUAAACACCACAUCGGCCCGCGGUACAUUGAGGUGUACCGUGCAAGUGGGGAGGACUUUUUGUCUGUGGCGGGGGGCGCCACGUGCGAAGCGGCCGCAUUCCUAUCACGCGGCGCUCAGGUCAUAGUGCGCAUGCGCGGACUGCCAUACGACGCUACGCCGCAACAAGUUCUGGAUUUCUUCUCAACGGGCGACGAUCCUGUCCAAGUGCUAGAUGGUUUGGAAGGCGUGCUGUUCGUGCGGCGGCCGGACGGCAGAGCCACCGGAGAUGCGUUCGUGCUGUUUCCUAAAGAGGAUGACGCGCCUAAAGCACUCUCCAGACAUCGCAAACUUAUUGGUGCGAGGUACAUCGAACUGUUCAGAUCGACCACCGCUGAAGUGCAACAGGUAUUGAACCGUUCCCUGGAGACGCGCACGAGCACCGCCAGCACUCCGUCUACCGCCAGCGCGCCGGCUGAAGGUCUCCUGCCUGUGACGCUGGUGCCGCAGCACGUCAUCACCUCGGGCACCGCUAAAGACUGCGUCAGGCUGAGAGGUCUACCCUAUGAAGCUCAGGUGGAACACAUUUUGACAUUUUUGGACGAAUUCGCCAAGAACAUCGUUGUACAGGGCGUCCAUAUGGUUUACAAUGCACAAGGUCACCCUAGCGGCGAGGCAUUCAUACAGAUGGACAGCGAGACCAGCGCCUACCUCUGCGCCCAGCACAAGCAUCACCGCUACAUGACCUUCGGCAAGAAGCAGCGGUACAUAGAGGGUUGUCUCAUCCAGGUGUUCCAGUGCUCCGGCGACGACAUGAACCUCGUGCUGACUGGCGGCGUGACUCCUUCCACCUCGCCCAAGGUGCUGUCGCCCGGUACGUUGCUGCCCCCUCCCGCGCCCGCGCCGCGUCUGCUCGCCCACCACAUCGCUCACCAGACCCUCCUCGCGCGCCAGCACGAGAACCUCCUGCUCGCCUCGCUGCGGCCCCCCCUCCUUCCCAUCCUGCCCUACAGGCAAACCGCCCCUACAUACCAGCUCCCCCUUCUCCCCACGCAGCAACAGAUUCUUCCCACAAAACGGUCGUAUGAGCGCGCGUUCACGCAAGCCGAAGCUCCCCCCGCGAAGCGCCCGUACUCCGCGCCGCAAAUCGCUCCCCUCUCUUUACCCGUAUUCUCUUACGGUGGUUCGACACCUAUAUUUUCGUACGCGAACACAAGUCCCAUGUUAUCAUACGCGAACGCCCUCCCCACUGCAAUACCAACUGCACUCCCCGCGGGCUACAGUACUCCUCUCUCGGCCGCUCUUCCCCCCACUAUGACGUCACCGUUCCCCGCCACGUUGUCAAUGUUCCCCACUUACCCCUACUAUCCUGGAGUUUAGUUUAAUCACUUAUUCAUAUAUACGCAUGCAACGCGUCGUGGUAUUUCUUAAAAUCUCGUUCGACGUUUCUAUUGAAGUCACAUAGCAGUGAGCUAUUUUUAUGUGAUUAUUCCAAACGUUAAAUAUCAUCUCUUAUUAACUUUACAGUUAAAUAUAAUUAACAAUUUAUAUUUAGUACUAACGAGCCUAUUGUGCCUUAUCAAAUUAUUCAACGUUACAAAACUAAUCGCGUUGGCAGUAGUUCUUAAAAUAUUGUGCCUUUUUGGCGCCACGGUGUUUAAAAAAAGUUAAUAAUUUUCUUAAUUCUAAAUAUUAAAGUUACGAUUAACUUCGUUUUAACAGGGUAAUAAAAAUGACAAUGAGCUCAAAAAUCAAUUUUAAAUCCUCUUCGAAGGUUUUUGAUAUUAAUGUUUACAACAAAAAUGAAUUUACUAAUAUAAAUAUGAAAUCGGCAGUUAAAUAUUGCAGCUAGUAGUUAAUAGGAUAAGUCUUAGAAAUAUUGUUGAUUUUGCAUUGACUUUUGUUAAAACGUAACCAUAUUUUUAAAGUUGAAUUUGUGUGAUUCAAAGGUUGUUAAUGUUUUGACGAGUAUUGUGUUAUUGUGUAAGUGUUCAGUUGUGAUUUUUAAAUACAUUCCAAUUGAAUAAGACAAAUAUUUUGCCGUACGUUUCAAGGCAACAAAGUCUGACGAAAUUUUUUGGCGUUAUGUCAUUUAUGACGCGCUUUCGGUACUUAAAUCAAUUUUUGAGUACAAUGCACUUUUUGCGUUAACUAUUAUACACUUUUUUGUUUUUUUUAGAUAGGUUUUUUAUAAUAGUCUGUUGUAAUUAUUAUGAAAUAUUUAAUAAGUUUUUGCCACGUGUACGUUUUGCCGCUAUUUGCAGCUGUUAUUUUAGUUUUUUUUUAUAUAACACGUUUGAUGAAAUCAAAUAUUUGCGGAAAAAAUCAUAACCUUUCCGAAGUCUUCCAUAUCCUUCUCCAUAUCCGAUAUCAAUAUGAAAUGUGUCGUUUAUCACUUCUAACAAUCUUUGCAACCAUCUAUUCCAUUGUCUGCGUUACCUCACACCAUAUAUUGUAGUCAUGCCGGUUAAUUAACUCACUAUGUUUUAACGCUUUUUUAAAUUAUCUGUGGUGAUUUAUUCAUAAAUUUUUCAUGGCUUUUACUGCAUUUUUUUUUUCAAAAUUAUAAUUUAUUAAAGCGUUAAAAAUAUGUGAUCUGUAUUUAUGGCUGUUUAUAGAUAAACAAAAGGUUAAUGUCAUCGUGUAUGGUGUUGCCAUUCGAUAUUCACAAGUAUAGGUAUUGGGGGCUUUAGUCACAAUUACAUGGUGUAAUGGCUAAUCUUUUGUUCUGUCAUUUCUUUAAUAAUAUUUAACUUAUCGAAAUUGUAACUAUGACAAUAAUCUGACGGCAAAUGUCAAAGUUACAAUCACCUCUAGUCUAGCUGUCAAUGCAAUAUUGUGUUUUAUUAAUAAACAAUAAAGUUUAAUACGGUUUAUCCGAACGGGUUGUGUUUAUGGAAAAUGUGCAUGAAUGUGGUAACACCGGCCGGUUUGGUAAGUGUUGCAAUUUUUUAAUUUUAAAUUAGAGAAACUAGUUAAAGGUGGGUAUAGCAUGGCGCUUACAUAUAUCGGAGAAUGCAUGGUUUCAGUUCGGUUCAGAGUGCAAGUUUUCCUAAGCACAGCGCGAGCGGAUAGCCGCGGCAUAGCUAUUACUAUUAUGUGUUAUACGAACUGUAAACGGUGAAAAGCUUUAUACUUUUGGUACUCUGGUUUUGUUAGGCAUAAUGUUAAAAUUCUUCUGACUACAACCUAACUUUUAGCCAUAACAAAAUAGUGUCGACAAGUUCAGACUCGCCUGGCGAGUCGUGACAUGGGUAGUGUUGAAGUGUUUGUAAAUUUUUACAAGGUUAAUUAAUAGAUUUUUAAGUCAGACUGAGAUUCUUUAAUGAAAGUAUGUCAUUAUAAUUAGUAAAAGGGUUUAAAUGUAUUAAUUCUUUAAGAAUGCAUGUAUGAAAUUUGGAGACUGCAAAGGUUUUGUGCUGUAACUAAUUUAAAAUUGUAAAAUUAUCAUUGACGAAUAAUUUUGUCAAUUUAUAAUCUCACUAUUCAAUAAACUAACACAAAAAAGUGUGUUUGAGAUGAGUGAAAGUUAACACCAGUUCACUACUCACUUGGCGAGUUCAAUUUUGAGAAAAUCGUUUCAUUGAGUGUGUUAAAAUCUUAAUUUUUUUACUAUAGUUGGCUGGCAGAAGAAUUUUUCAUUUGCCCCUACCAACCGUAUAUUUAAAAACUAAAAAAAAAAGUAAAACGACCCCUAUUGCUUGAAGAUAAUUGUCUUUUACCCGGCUUCAGGAUUCCGUCGAUAUAAAAUGCCCUCCAGUCAUUAACACAUUUUUCUUUUUUUCACAGCUUCUUCUUUUUCUGCUGUUUAAGCCUUCUUUUUUGCUUAAUUCUUAUUUUUUUUUAAUAAUCACUGUCUAAAGGGAUGUCUUAAUUUUUAGCGCAUGCUUGUCUAUGGUUAUAAAAAUAAAAGAGGUUAUGCACUGAAAUUAAAAUGUCUCAAAUGUGUAGUGACUGGGGGUGGUGGUGUGAGGAUAUCGCGUAGUUAUAUUUAAAAAUAUUAUCUAUGGUUAAUUGCUAAAAAUUAUAACCAAUAAUGUCUAAUUUUUUAUAUUAAUGAAUUCAAAACAUAUGCGAUUAUCUCGCUACAUAAUUUUUGUUGCUUUUAUUGGUUAUAUUUUUGGCAAUUCCCAAGCACAAAAUUAUAAAAUUCGAACAUUUCGAACAUUUGUGAGGUAAAUUAAUAACUCUUAUAAACAAAUUAAAACAGAAUUUUAGAAUAUCAGGUAGACUUAUUUGGUAUCUGUAACUGGUUCUUUAUGAGUUUUUUUAUUAUUAUAGUUAUUUUAGUUGGCUAAUUAUAGUUUAGAAUAUUGCGUAAAUAAAAAUUGAUAAGUUACGUGUUAGAACAUGAUUAUUGCGAGUUUCUUUGGUUUGUGGUUGGUUGUGCUAUUCUUUUAUUUUAAUUGACGUAAUAAAAAGCUGAUUUGUUUAUGGUAUACUUGUGAAGGAGGGCUAAUACGUAUUGCUUGUCUAUGGUAUAGUAUCGUCUGUCAAUGUUUUACUAACAUAACACUUAUCACUUACACAUUUAGCACUAUACCUGAUUUUUCACUUUAUGAAAAUCAUUUUGUAAAUACGAGAAACUUAUAUGUCGCUGCUGAUAUUCUUAAUUCUUUUAGAAUUCUUUAAAGUUGUCAAUCGUCAAGUUUUUUUUUACAGUAUAAGGUGGCAAACGAGCAAGCGGCCAUUUAAUUUUGCUUGAAAAACGUAACUGCCGAACAUCGAAACAUAUUAUAAAUUACAAUGUUUUACUGUAGAGAUGCAUGGAUAAGCAGUCUAUAGCGACUAAUCAUGUAGUCUUCUGAAGUCCGUCCGUGUAUGUUUAUAAAACUUUCCUUCACAAGGCAAUUAUAACAUAGACAAAAUAAUAGCACAAUCAUGUCUCCUUUCCCGCCUCCUAACCUGGCUUCAACUAAUGUAUACUACGUGUAGCACAUACUAUCACGUCAAAGACAUGAUAACGAAGCAGAGGGUGUAUAAGUAUGGGGUAAAAAGAAAUAUAUUGGUAAGGUAACUUCACAAAGCACUGUUAUAGCUUCAUUUGGAUCCAUUAUAAUAACGCGGGAAAGGACAGAGCCAAGUCGAAUACAAUGGAAAUGAGAAAUGUAAUUUUUUGUCUAUGGACAUAUUUUGGAAUUGAUGAUGCGAACAUGUUUUUAAUAAAUCUUUGAUUACAGCGUU